GGUGUACUCUGGGUUUGUAGUUGUUUUAACUUACUCGCUUGUCUGUUCUUAAGAGGAUUUGAUAUAAACGAACUACAAUUUACAAUUCCGUCAUCUGUCUAAUUUUUUUUAGCCGAAUUAUGUCGUAGCCCAGCAGUCGGCGAGUUCUUUUUUUAGGUGGCCGUUCAUUCAUUUUGUUGCCGGUGCCUAAUGUUCGCAGUUUCUUAGUCAUACAUACAGACUUCCUGUGAGCUGGGACUACGUUGCGGUAUUAGUAGUUGUGGUAGGGAGGGUUAAAAUGGGGGCACCGGUAGCCAUUGGUUUGGUUUUUCUGGGUUGCUGUAGCAAUGUAGUGUUUUUGGAGCAGAUGGUCAGAGAUUUUCCUGGAUGUGGGAAUAUAGUAACAUUUGCACAGUUUUUAUUCAUUGCAAUAGAAGGCUUUAUCUUUGAAGCAGAUUUUGGAAGGAAACGACCGACCAUCCCUUUCAGAAAUUAUGUAAUCAUGGUAACAAUGUUUUUCACAGUCAGCGUGAUAAACAACUAUGCCCUAAACUUCAAUAUUGCUUUGCCUUUGCAUAUGAUAUUUAGAUCAGGGUCACUAAUCGCUAACAUGAUUUUAGGCAUCAUCAUAUUGAAGAAGAGAUAUUCUGGAAGCAAGUAUAUCUCUAUUGGCUUUGUGUCGGUAGGAAUUUUCAUUUGCACCUACAUGUCUGCAAAACAGCUGAAUUCUAAUUCAGAUUCAAAUGAUGAGGAUGGAGUCCUUGCUUUUAUCUGGUGGUUGAUAGGUAUAGCUAUGCUUACCUUUGCACUUCUGAUGUCAGCCUUAAUGGGAAUUUUCCAGGAAACCCUCUAUAAGAAAUAUGGGAAACAUGCGAAAGAAGCCCUGUUCUAUAAUCACUGCCUUCCUCUUCCUGGAUUCCUGCUUUUGGCGUCUGAUAUUUGUAAUCAUGCAGUUUUGUUUACACAGUCGGAUCCAUUUGAAAUCCCAGUGUUAGGUACACUUCCUAUCAUGUGGUCGCACCUCAUAAUGAAUGUUAUCACUCAAUAUGUGUGCAUUCGAGCUGUGUUUAUUCUCACAACGGAAUGUGCCUCACUCACUGUCACGCUGGUUGUGACUCUACGCAAGUUUGUCAGCCUCAUCUUUUCUAUUAUUUAUUUCCAAAAUCCUUUCACUGCCUGGCACUGGUUUGGGACAUUUGUAGUCUUUGUUGGAACACUUUUGUAUGCAGAUGUGUGGAACAGCAUCCGGUCUGUAUGUUGUAGUCAUAAACAGGAAAAGAAAAAGGAAUAAACACAUCUAGAAUAAGAAAGAAGUUUACGUACUUGAGUUUUUUAAGUAUUUAAAUCUAGGCAGAGAUAAUCCAGUACAUAAUGGUCACGUUUGCCGCAUCAGUGUAAUAGUGUGUGUGAGCUGACAGCCAUACACUUUGGUGCUAGAGUUCUCAAAAUGAAACAGUCAUAUAUUUAUAAUUGUUACAUUUUAAUUUUUUUAUAUAAUGCAGUAUACUUUUAUAACUGUAUUUUAAUGUUAAAAAUCUUAUAUUAAAGAAAAACUAAAUAGUG